GCUCGCUGUGUAUUUUGUACGCUGAUCUCCGCCGUCUGGUUCACCUGGAAAUGUUACACCUCAAGAGACCAACCUCUCUCAGCGAUGCACCGCAACUAUGGCUCUGGGCCCGGCUACGGCCACCAUGGUCAUCAGCCCCACCACCACGGCGGACCCCACGGUGGUCCCCAUGGCAUGGGAAUGAAUAUGGGAAACAUGGGGAGCAUGGGGAAUAUGGGCAUGGGGAUGGGUUUGGGUAUGGGCAUGCAGGGGAUGGGGAUGGGCAUGGGUAACAUGCAAGGCAUGGGAGGCCACCAGGGAAUGAGCGGAGCAGCCAUGAACAGCUUCAUGAGCAAGUAUCCGGCGGUGAGCAACUACACCAACGACAUGUCGCCUUCGGCCAAGGCGGCCCGCGUCUUUGUCGGCAACCUGAACACGUACACCAGGAAGGAGGACCGGAAGAACAUCAUGGAGCUCUUGAUGGAGACAUUCAUGAAAUACGGACGUAUCAGGGCCAUCUCCAUCCACAGCGGAUUUGGGUUUGUGCAGUUUGAAACGGCUGAACAAGCUAAGAAUGCCAUGAGAGGGGAACAGGGAAAACUCAUCAAGAGUCAACCGCUAGAUUUAUACUUGGCAAGUGAUCCUGACUUAAACAGACCAAGAGGCUUCAAAAAAGUUAACCAUGAUUGUGGUUAUGUAGCGUAUGUUGAUCCCUCCUCACUGCCCACCAUUCCAGCUAAAGGGGUGACAAUGAAGAAGAGGAAUAGACUAACCAAGAGUGGUGAUGAACCUGGAAGUUGGGUAUGUGUAUUCUGCCAGCAUGAAGCCAUCACCCCUUGGGAAUUGAUGAAGCAUGCCUCCGCCAUACAUCAAACGCAGAUCUACGACAUGGGUGGCAGUGUAGAACAACCCAAGACAUCAGAAGCGCAGCAAGAAGCCAUGCAAACGCAGUCUUCAUCUAUGAUGUAGGGUGGAAUGUCGGGUGACUGUGAUGUCAGGUGACAAUGGCAAGUCAUGUGACUUUAAAAAUAGACUCUGAAAUGAGUGAAGUUGGAGAUGCGAUCAAUGCAGAGCUUAACAGCAGGCUGUUUAUCUCCGUACGUCCUGGAUGGACUACUGCGAUGGAGUGCGAUGGAGGACUGACCUUGACUCUGUGGUAAGACCGCAGUCUCACAGACCCCCCGAUUCUUGGUGGUCAUUUUGUUGGAAGUGACCAAAUUAUUUGAAAAUUUCAAUGUAUUGCAGCUAGAGUUUGGGUGUUUGGACAUUUAACGCAAUGUGUAACCAGUUCUCCUAUAGUUGAUCUAUCUUUCUAUGUUGAUUUUCGAAACUUGGAUGUUUCCUAGAAACGGUACUACGGACCUAAUAUGACAAACUUAAAUUUAAGUUUGCUUUUCAUUAAACUCCAAAGAUACUGUCUGAGUGUUUGUGCUGCAGUCACAUUAACAAAACUGACUCCAGGGCCCCGUCUUACAAAUAGUUACGAUUGAUCCGAUCAACCUCAAGUACAUGUAUAUGGAAAUCCAUCAACGUCAUAAUUUUUUCUUCAGGAAAUUUGCACAAUGUCCUUUGUAAACAAAAAGAAACACACUGAAUUUUCAAGAAAACUAUGAAUGUAUGAAGAGACAUCAUAUCUAGAAAAUGUUUUGAACAAACGUGAAUUUUCGAUGUUGACGUUGCUGGCUUUCCAUAGAUGUGGUUGAUUGGAUCAAUCGUAACUCUUUGUAAGACGGGGCCCAGACCUAUCAAACCUAUUAUCCUAUUUUAAGUGGCACGUCAUUGGUUGGUUCCAUAAGUGUGACUGCAGCAUUGCCGGUGACACGACAUUUGCUCCGGGCUUAUUUUUUGUCUAAGAUGUAGGGUUAGGGUUGCAAUAGGGUGUUAUGUUAGGUUCAGGGUGAGGUAUAUUGUUAUACCCAGGGUUGAAGUUGGUCAUUGGAUUAGUGCGUGGAAAUUAGAGCGGAGCAUUUGUCGUUGGAGCAAAUGUCAUGGAUGGAACCGCAAUACCCUAUCCCUAUGGAAAGAGUGAUUGUAACUAGCAAAGCAUAUUUCUUCUAGUUUCUAAUGCAAAAAGUAAAAACAGCAUAUGUAAUUUUGGAUAUGUAUUGUAAUUUCGGAAUAUCAACUCAAGUAUUACAUUGAAUUUCAUUUAGAUUGAUGCCAAAGUGUUGAUUGCUUAGUUUACUAUUUCUGACAAUUGAUUAGUUUUAUAAUGCAGGAUUAUUGCACUUCCUUUUCAAUAGUAGAUGUCUUGAAAGUAGAAAUUAUAUCUUGCAUUCAUUGGUAAAAUAGUGUGCUACAAAGACUUGUAGAUAUGUUCCGCUGCAGCUUUUGUCAUGUCAUUAAUGGUGCAAACGAUCGUGAGGUAUAAAAGUAAUGGUAUUUACGUCUGUUCCACAUUUCAGGUUGCACAUUUCACAUUCUUGUGUCUUUCGUAGGGGUGCCAUUAAUAGAAUUGGAACUUGUACUGUACCAUUUUUUGUUGUUGGAAUGAUUAUCAUUUUUGUAAUCAAAUUGCUUCCUAUAAAUUAUCACCAACUGCAGAAGUAAUCAUUUUCCUCAAGAGUUAAAAUGUGACUGGAAAUCUCAUUCAACAAUAUUUUUAAAAAGCUAAUUGAUUCCCAUCAUUGGCUUAGCACCAUUUAACAGUCACUUACAUUCAAAUAUUAAUUUCAGAAGUAUAUUCCCUGAUAGAAUAUUUACAUUUGUCCAAGACAGAACAACAUUUAUGGUACAUUUCAAUCAAGUAUUGAUGAUAAUUUGUUUUGUAGAUUAACAUGUGCUGGAUAGAUACUAUUUAGCACUCCUAGAGACGUGACAACAUGAUAGUUUGACAUACAGCUUCACUUUGAUUUGGUUGGAUUGGGGGUAAAAUGGAGUUUGUUAUGAAUUUUUUUUUCAUAAUUUUUUUUCUUUCUUGCAUGCUCAUUUUAUCAGACAGGGAGCAUAUCAACUACUUUAUUGUCCUGUCACGUUUAUUACUGCUCAUGCAAUUUAUGGCUUCAAAACACUCUUUGACAUUGCUUUUAGGUCAGUUAGACCAGUUAUUGGGACUGUAUCAUUUUUAUUUAAGCUAUGUAGUUCAUGCUUUUGUUUUAUUUUAUCUGUUGUUGUAAGUGAUAAGAAUACUCAGAAGAUGAAUGUCUCGAAUGGAUGGCUUUAUGUAUUUGCUUAUGUACUCACACACUAUAACAUUGAUAAUAGGAGUUUGAUCACAUGCUUUAUCUCUUGUUUUAGUUAUGUUUAGUAAUUUAGGCUACUUUUGUCAUCCCGUUUUCUUACAUUUUAUUUCGGAUUAGUACAGUGAUUGUUUUUAAUGUGUUAUGAAGUUUACUUUUUUUAUUCAUAUUUUUAAGGUGAUAUUUCAUAUUAUGAUUAUAAGUUAGAUUUUAGUAUCUUAAUCAUUGUUUUAUUGGUAUGGUACGGUAUAAAAAUGCUACCGAUGCAUAUAUUAUUUCGUAUGAUCUUCAUUGUAGAUUAGUGUUUUACGUUUUAUUCAUAUUUUUGUGCAUUAUUAUCUGAUAUUGCUUACACUUUAAUAGUCAAGUUCAAAUUAUUGGUAAAGUAAGAUACUCUUGUAGGAACUAUAUUUCUCUUUAUCUCAUUAGGGGCAUAUUAUUUUAAUGGUCAAUGAUAUUUAGGUUUUUUCUUCAUUUUUAUGAUUCAUCAUAUUUUUUUGACAUUUUUUUCUUUAUAGAAUGCUAGCAUAUACAGUACCCAGAUUGUUUGUGUUUUCUUCAAUUUAUUCACAAAGUACUGUGUUCGGAAAACCAGGGGGGUGUUUCACAAAGAUUUAAGUAUGACUUAAGUCGCACUUAAAUGCCUACGCGUACAUGAUAUGGAACGCGCAUCUUAUUGAUAGGCACGCAGUAGUGCUUGUCCUCAUGACACGAUCUGACCAAUGCGAUCAAGCCUUUCAUACCAUACGCAACUUGGUAUUUAAGUGCAACUCUAAGUCAUACUUAAAUCUUUGUGAAACACCCCCCAGGAAGUUAAAAUGCCAAUCUGCUUGAUAUUAUCUGAAUAUCUUCACAAUGUAUUAUGGAUAGCAUAUAUAUGCCUGUUUGGAAUUAAAGGGAGCAUUAGUCACAGAAAUACUAUUCUAGAAGUAGAUGUAUACUUUUGGCAUGUUUUCAGUAUUGACUGGUCUUGAGUCUGAGUUUAGCCUCAUUUUCCCCCAAGUAAAAACAAAGGGGGGUUAAAUAGGAGAGAUCUCCCAAAAUCAUAAGACACAGGCAGUUAAGAUUCAAAGAUUUGUCAAAUUCAUUGAUUUAUUAUAUCAUUGCUGCAUUCAUAUAUGUAUCAUUCAUUACAUUUGGUUGAAUCAAAUAAUUGGAUGUAUUCUUUCACACGAUUGGCUUAUUAACAUCAAAGAUUGCACCUGGUUUUUCAGAAUACGUCACCCAGGAACAACACUUGGUCAUUCAAAUACUGGAUAUGUAUGGAAAGGUAAUAUUUUCUCAAGUAAUUCAUCAAACUCACAGUGGUUACUUUCACGUUACAACUCUUGAACACAAAGAGAAGGAAUGAUUAAUGCAGAAAUUGAAUUAGGUCACAAUGGGCUCUAAUCUCCUUAUGUGAUGUAUUUUAUAUCAUCGGGCUCUUAGAUAAUCUUGGUAUCCAUUACAUUUCCAAAUUUAUUAUACAGUAUUGUAUAAAGGGUGGGGAUUUUCCAAAUGUCUUGUGUAAAUUUAGAUUAUUGAUGACAUUCUGCUGAAAUUAUCUAACCUUUUUUUUUUUUUUAUUCCAUAGGAAAUUUGUCACUCUAGUUCUUUGAGAAAGACUAGAGCACAUUCAUCCCUCUUUUCUUCCCCCCCCCCCCAUUUGUUAUGGCCAAAACACAAAGUAUGUUUCCUAUCUUCUAUGGAGAAUAUGCCACUUGCCUAAGAGACUUAAGACUGCCCUUUAUGUAUGGUAUGAUAACAUGAAAAUGAAGCCCAAUUUCUGCAAAGUCAAUAUCACCACACCACGACAAUGUGUUUGCCACAAGUGUCUUGCUUGAGAAUUUGGAGAGACAAGAUUGAGGCUUUAUGAAAAGUAUUUUUGAUAUAGAGAAAAAAAAUUUGAUGAGAAUUUAAUGAAUGAUUCGAUUGUAUCAAUAUUUACAUAAAUUAUGUAAAAAGUAUCAUGUACAGUGGUCGCGUAAGCACUUGAUGUAACUAGCUAUGGUAACCAUAUCUGUUACAAAAUGCAAAUAAAUGUUUCAUGUUCAUAGAACAUCAA